CUUUUCCGGUCGAGCCGCUGAAGGUAUGCAACGUUUUAUUAAAAAUCUUUUAAAAUCCUUAUAAAAAGAACGAAUUAAGUUAAUCAAACGACAAAUUCUUAUGUAAAAUUGCAAUCCUUUGUCAACUGUUGCCUUAUUGGAAUUAUUACAUUUGCAAUUAUGAUGAAUUAUUUGUUUAUCUAUCAGAAUGAAAACGAUCAAGUCCAAUCAGACGGUGAAAGCACCAGAGGGUGUAGAAUUACGCGUAAAAUCUCGCAGGGUUACUGUUAAAGGACCUAGAGGAACCCUUCACAGAGAAUUCAAACAUUUAGCUGUGGAUAUACGCCAAAUUAGCAAGCGAGAAAUAAUUGUUGAAAAAUGGUUUGGAAUCAGAAAGGAGUUGGCCGCCGUCAGAACUGUCUGCUCUCAUGUCGAAAAUAUGAUUAAAGGCGUAACUAUGGGAUACAAAUACAAGAUGAGAUCCGUUUACGCUCAUUUCCCCAUCAACGUCGUCAUCUCCGAAAGUAACAGCAUGGUAGAAAUCAGAAACUUCUUGGGAGAAAAAUUCACCCGAAGAGUAAGAAUGUUGAAGGGCGUAUCAUGUGUAGCUUCAAAAGUAAAGGAUGAAUUUAUUUUGGAAGGAAACGACAUUGAACUUGUUUCUAGAUCAGCCGCUUUGAUUCAACAAUCUACGACUGUCAAAAAUAAGGACAUAAGAAAAUUUCUUGAUGGCGUCUAUGUUAGCGAAAAGGGACACGUCGUUGAGGAACUUCAAUAA